AUGCACGGGGAUAGCCGGGCCUCCACACCCGUACACGAGAAAACAGGGGAAACGGGAGCCGCGCCGACACGGCCACGCCGGCGUGGCAGAGGUCCACGGCUACACAGGCACCGGGUCCAUUUUCGGGAAGAUGCGCGCGGCCUGGAAGAAGAUGCGCGCGGCGGCGGCAGAGGCGAUGAGGCUCUUGCACACAGGCCGUUUCUUCGGGUCUCCUCCGGACUGCACGCGCCGGUAGAUGUCGAACGAGCAGAAGUAGAGGCCGUCGCUCGGGUCGUACAUGUAUUUUCUGAAGUACGACACGUGGCGCAGGAUCUCGUUUUCGCAGCAACGGCGCGUGCUCUCCGGGGCGUGCUUUCCAAACGUCACCAGAUAGUCCACGAGGCCCUCGACGAGCAGCUGGAUGAAGUAGGAAGGCCCAUGCCAGAACCGUUUGUUCCAGUCGUUGUAGUCUCUGUCGAAGAGCGUGCGGCCGCGGUCUGUCGCUGCCUCGGCGAGUUUCUUGGCCUUGUCGAUCCACUGCGGGUCCCUGUCGUACUGGUAAAGCAUGCAGAUGGCCGAGAGCGUGUUGCCCGUGUUGUACGACCAUUUUGUUCUGUCGAUCACGUCCGAGUCGUACGCCACGCCGUCCAUCACGACGUUGUCGGACCUGUCCCAGAGGACCUGCUCGAUGAAGUUGACGCACAGCUUGGCAAAGCUGUACAGCCGUUUCUGCUCCUCCGGCGACGAGUACUUAACCAUGCGCAUGGCGCCCGUGGCGGCCACGCAGUUCGAGAUGGUGGCCAUGUACUUGCGCGAGAUGUGCCACUUGAGCCCCGGCACGUGGAACUUCUGGUGCUCGACCACGCCGGUCAUCAGGAAGCGCGCCAGCUCGCGCGACAGGUCCAGAUACUCCUGGUUGCCCGUGGCCUCGUACAGAGCAACCAUGCCGCGCAGCAGGUGGGCGCAGUCGUCGUAGUUGAUGUCGUCGUCGCCCGAGUUCUGCGCGCCGUGGUACAUCACCGAGUACGCCCCGUACUUCGGGUUGCGGUAGCACGUCAGCGCAGACACCGUGGGCGCGACGAUCGGCAGCGUGAGGUCCUUGUACGCGGCGCAGCACUCGGCCACGGCGUGCAGCACGAUGCCCAUGGUCCAGCACGUGAACCGGCCCUCGCGCGACUCCUUGCAAGGCACGCGCGUCGAGAAGUUGCCGAUGCUCGGGUUCCAGUACGUUUGCCAGAACGUCUUGACGAUGUUGUAGCCUUCCAGAUUAUUGUCAAAAGACAUAGCAAUAAAAAGAUAAUACUAAAUUAUUCUCCUGCAUCUCGGCUUUUGUUUACAGCCGGCCAAGAAAUAUAG